GGGAAUUGAGGAGAAGGAUCGAGAUGGAGAGCGAGAAAUGACGUAGGUAAAAGCAAGUGAUCUGUCUAUCCUGAGCUAGAAAUGAAUCAACAACUAUAUAUGAUCAACUGGAAAAAAGGGCAACUUCCAAAUAAACACCAUUCAUGUAAGCCACGCCCAGUUUGUCCCUUCCGCGCUGACGAUCAUUACGCCAGCCGAGACUAAUUGCAGUCCCACACGUAGUCUCUCCCGUCAUGUUCGUCAACCGUCACAACCCUCACGCCCUGCCCCCUCUUCUCUCUCCCUCUCUCUCCCGGCGGACCCGGCUUGGAAAACGCCAAGACAGGUGAUUACACCAUUAGCAGCGGCAGGUGGGAUUCAAAAUACAUGUAUCACUUUGGCCAGGCGCAACUGUCACCAUUGUGCACGGAAUUCGAUCAAUUUAUUGAGCAAAGCAAACGAUUAAAUGAUUGAUAUUAGUGAAGUUUCUUUUGUGCUCGCACUAUAGAAGGGAGAUAUAUAAAAGCUCUCUGCGUGGAUAAUUUUAACACAUUUACAAGAGUCAAAACCAGAAUGCUAACAUCGAGCGAAUUAAAAGGUUAAAGAUAGGUGAUCCCGACAUUUAACUGAUUUUUUUACCCAUCGAAAAACUUACUGAUUCGAAAGAAGCCAGUCUCGAAGAAAAAAAAACUGAAGCAGAGUUUGUUCAGAGGCUGUGCGCAACAGGUGGGACGUCGCUUAGUCCAUUUUGGUGGGCGAUUCAGGAGUUAAGGCGAAAGGGCAAGCGGUGGUGAAAAGCAAGGACAGAAAGACGUUAUAACUUAUUCAAUUUACAGCCAUGGUUCACACGACCAAUCUCGUUGCCGCAGCUGCAGCCGUCACAACCGUCUUCUUACUCCUCGGGGCAGGGCCGGCCGAGGCGCAACAGGGCCCCCGUAACCGGUACUGCGGCUUGGAGUUUGCGAGGGCGGUGUUCACUCAGUGCUCCAUGGCGAAUAAACGCUCCGAUCCGGGCGCCGUCGCUGAGUCAGCGUCGGCCGCCAGAUAUCUAGCACGUGACACCGGAUACGAACAAGCAGAAGAUAUGCCCUUGGAAUGGUACGACGUCGCACGACAAGGAGCAGAGCGACUGCGCCCAAGCCUAACCGAUAUCAUCUUUUCCAGCCGGUUCCGGCGAUCGAUCCAUAAUCGAGGUCAACUUCCCAUGGGUCAACUAUGUUGUGUGUAUGGAUGCACACUCGUAGAACUGGCGUCCGUGUGUACUUGAUCCGAAAUUUUUCAAAAGACAUUUUACUUGAUAAAAAACAGAAAAGACAUCAACGAAAAAUUCCCUUCCCUUGAUAAAGCUUUUUUCUUUACUAUAUAUCUCACUAUGAUACGGAAUUUGUUGAUUUAAAAGUGACAUCAAUUUGCAAAACGUAUUUUGUUCGCAUUUGGAAAGAUUUGUUUUGGGUUUCAUAGUGGUAACAUGGGUACACCUGAAGUAAACACAGAUGUAUAAACAUCUUACCAAGUUCAGUGCGAUCCACGAUCAAUUGGAUAUAUAUAUAUA